AUGGCUGCUCGCAACCAGAUCGUCGUAACAUCGGAGCACUUCUUCCCAGAACUACACACCACGGUCGGCACCGCCGACAGUGGAGGACUGGAAGCCCCUGGAUACGGGUUCGUGAAUCGCAUCCUGACGGCAUGGGCGCUUUCCGCUCGCGUGUCAGCCAAGAAGGGCACCGAUGGAGCGCUUGCGAUCUACCCUCAGUGUCGGAUAGACUCUGCCUACAAGAGCAAAAUUCAGGAGAACGAAUGGAAGGUGCCGGACUUUGCGGCCGUUAUCGCCUCGAGGAACGCCGACACAACGAUGACACAGAGGCUGGUGUAUACAUGGGAAUGUAAAAUUAGUAAAGAGGCCAGAGGCUGGUGGCAUGCCGGGGCCCGUGCCUCUGCCGUCGCGGCCACGUUGGUGAACCUAGAUCAGGUGGAGCUCCAAGCCAAGGUGGCGAUGAAGGCGUUCAAGAUCAAUAAGUGUUUUGCUUUUCUCCGUGUAGAUGCCCACUUCUGCUUGAUACGGUUCUUCAAGCCCAGCGCUGGAAGGCGGCGAUCCAGCACUGCUUUGAGCCAACAACCAGACCCCGGCUCCAUUUUGGGUCCAUCUGAUAGCAAAGCUAUGUCGAACGAGCAGCACGAGUCGGUCCCUAGCUCGCAGGUUCGGCCCAAAAUCCAUAUGGAGUUCAAGUUCUUCGUUCGGCCGAUCUUCGUGGAUGCAGAUUCCUCCACGACGCUACGCCUUAGUCCUCAAUUUCUUGGCGCCUUGCGGGAGGUAGGCCAAGCUGCAGCCAAACAUGGAUUGUCCUUUCCCGAGGAUACCUUCUUUACGGUGGCGCAGGAAGACGAGGAAGCGGCAAGGCCCGGGGACCACGAUGAAGGGAUGCGCCAGUGGAACGCAUACAGGAAGAAAAUGGCCGGCGGAAAUGCGGCGGAACGCGCGUACAUGGACGGGAUCUCCGGAUCCAGUGCCGCGGAAACGAGCGGAGACGAUUUUUCGGAAACCCCUUCCCUCAAAGAUGGGCUGGACGAAAUGAAGGCAGCCAUUGAAUCGGGACAGAUUCAACCGGCCCCGGAACGCCUACGGUCCUGGCCAGGGAAAGAAGCCGCCGAGGAGGGCGAAGUAAAGCGAUCAGCCACACCGGAAGCUAAGGCGGUGCAGGGCGGAGUCACAGUUGCGGGGUCGGCGGGCAAGGGUCGGGUUGUACGAGAGGCGAGCGCGGGUCAGGUAGCGGAGGCACCAAGUCAACGUAGAGCGGGACAGGGCACUAGUAAGUCUGCUUCUAAACGCGGAGGCACCAAGAAAUAG